UGAAAAAAAGGCAGGGCCAGGAUAGGGAUUGACAGUGAUCUCAGCCAGUCAGGCUGUGAGUCUGCAGCCAUCAUUCCCAAAUCAUCCAAUUGGCGCUAAGAGAGCUGGACCAGGAGGCUGGAGAAAGAAAGAUGGCGGGGACAGCGCGCCAUGAUCGAGAGAUGGCAAUCCAGGCCAAGAAGCAGCUCAGCACGGCCACUGACCCCAUUGAGAGACUCCGCCUGCAGUGCCUGGCCAGGGGCUCUGCAGGCAUCAAAGGACUGGGCAGAGUGUUUCGGAUUAUGGAUGAUAAUAAUAACAGAACACUUGAUUUCAAAGAAUUUGUAAAAGGCUUAAACGAUUAUGCUGUGGUCAUGGAAAAGGAAGAGGCAGAAGAACUUUUCAGGAGAUUUGAUAAAGAUGGAAAUGGAACAAUAGAUUUCAAUGAAUUUCUUCUCACAUUAAGACCUCCAAUGUCCAGAGCCCGAAAAGAGGUAAUUAUGCAAGCUUUUAGAAAGUUAGACAAGACUGGGGAUGGUGUUAUAACAAUCGAAGAUCUUCGUGGGGUGUAUAAUGCAAAACACCACCCAAAAUAUCAAAAUGGAGAAUGGUCAGAAGAACAAGUAUUCAGGAAAUUUCUGGAUAACUUUGACUCACCCUAUGACAAGGAUGGAUUGGUGACCCCCGAGGAGUUUAUGAACUACUAUGCAGGCGUGAGUGCUUCCAUUGACACAGAUGUGUAUUUCAUCGUCAUGAUGAGAACUGCCUGGAAGCUCUAAAUGUAUGACCUGGGGCACCAGGGUCUUGGGUACAACCAUGUGGCUCCAAUGAUUAAACAUCAGCUCAAAAAUAGGAUCGUAUUUGAUUCAGCCCAGUG